GUUAUAUCGGGGGAAGUCAGAACAAAUGAUGCUUUAAUGGAAGGUAUGAAACUGUGGGUGGAGCAGAGUGUAAGGAACAUGGUAUUUAACAUUGAGGACAAAGAGAAGGAGGCACAGUAAAAAUGGCUCUUUACCAGUUUCUGUGUGGUCUGACUGUGAUGAUCAUUCUCUCAUCCAAAGGAUGUCAAUCACAGCAUGGCCCAGUUUGUGGUCGAGCUGUAAGAAACUCCAGAAUUGUGGGAGGUGAAAAUGCAUCACCGGGAAGUUGGCCCUGGCAAGUCAGUUUAAUCUCGAACGGCACUCUCUACUGUUCAGGGUCCCUGAUUAACAACCAGUGGGUGUUGACGGCUGCUCACUGCUUGACAGUACAUGACCUUCCAACGACAGAAGUGUUCCUGGGCCGCCACAGCCAGUCAGGUCCAAACUUGAAUGAAGAGUCACGGCAACUUGACAUGAUCCAGUGCCAUCCAUCAUACAGAUUUCUGACCCAUGACAACGACAUAUGUCUUCUGAGGCUGUCGGCGCCGGUGAAUUUUACGGACUACAUACAACCGGUCUGCUUGGCCUCCGCAGAGAGCACUUUCCACACCGGGGUUAGCAGCUGGGUCACUGGUUUUGGUUCUACUCAGGCUGAUUCACCUACCCAAGCUGACAUCCUGCAGGAAGUGAAUUUAUCAGUGGUGGGAAACAAUGAGUGCCAAUGUACCCAUCGCCACCUCACAGACAACAUGAUCUGUGCUGGGUUCACAGCUGGAGGGAGGGAUGCAUGUCAGGGAGACUCAGGGGGGGCACUGGUGACCAAAAACGAUUCAGUGUGGAUCCAGUUUGGAGUUGUGAGUUUUGGUGAGGGCUGUGGCGAGGCUAUGACUCCUGGAGUUUACACACGUGUGUCCGGGUACCAGGACUGGAUCACCAACAUCACUGGCGGCAGCGAAGUUGGCUUUGUUACCUACAUCUCCUCAGGAGUGGACAGCGACUUUUACUUUUACUGUCCUACAUUACCAUCAGGCACUACGACAACCGCAUUCCCGUUUUACAUAUUCAACUUCACCACCACUUGCGAGGGCUGUGAUAGGGGUGGGGGCAGCGUAUUUGACAGUGGUGAAAAUGUGAUCCAUUUCUCCCACCUCACUCACUUCACCUCACUCUGUCUUCUGGUUAUUUCACUCUAUGUGCUGGUUGGUGACGUGUAACAUAAGAAUGUGAAACUACGGUUUCUGUGCCCAACAGUCUCAGUCACUGUGUUUGAUAUGAAGCUUCUUCUUUUGAUGUGGAGAAUAUGAAAGGAAAAAUGCAAUACUGACGUGCUGUUAUUGUAAACAAAAAAAAUCCUUCUUAAAUGAAUAUAUAUCGAUUGAACGAUUGUACGUUAUUAUGAUUUGAUGAUAAUCACAAAUGGGAUUAUUGGAGAAUAACACGGUGUCUCACUGCCCUCUGCCAUGUAAAGUUUGAAGCCUUUUUCACCUGAGUGUGUUAGAAAUGUGUCCUGUUGUACCUGUAACCACACCGAUUGUGAUGUCACAAUUUUCUGGGGUACAUCACUGCAAGUCAGCAAAAAAAAAAGAUUUUCGAGAUUUCAAGUUGCAUUAUCAGAGAUUAAUUUCUUUAUGCCAUUAAAAGUAAAGACAUUUUUAUAAACUUGCAGAUUGUGGGACUGAUGUAAAGUAUGGAAAAAGUAGUUUGUAAAAUUUUGCACUGUCUUUUAAAGAAAUUAUUUUAGACAUGUUUUGUAAGAAAAUACACUUUUUUGUUUCUGUAAAAAAAAAAUAAAAAAAAAAAUUACCUCCUGGGUGCAGAAGGCCAAGGAAGAAAUAAUUUCCUAUUUACACAUUUAGCAGAGAUUGAGCCACAUUAGCAUUCAUUCAACUGUUUCUGGACACCUGAUGAAUGCAAGUAGUCCAAUGUUCACUCUCCUUUUAGCUCUGUUUUGGUUGACCAACUCUUGAGGGAAACAUUUGGCUCUUAAUUUGGUAAAUGUUCACAGGAGAUUCAAAAAAAGCUGAUGUACAUGAAACAGAGGUACUACGAAGCAGGACAUAAGUCCACAAAGCUGCUGGCCUAUAGAUUAAAAAAGCAAAUGGCAAUUAAUAAGACGCCUGAGAGAUCGUCUAGCUGAGCAUAAAUAUGCCAUUAGAAUUAAAAAUCAUGACUACCCCAUGGCUAGGCAUUUUAGUGAAUAUCACAAUGCAAAUGACUCCUUACUGUGCAUUGAGGGCAUUGAGCACAUUAAACCUAUGGUUAGGGGCGGUGACAGAAUACAGAGACUUAACCAAAGGGAAGCUUUUUGGAUUCAUCAGUUGGAUGCAUUAAAAUAUCCUGGUCUUAAUGAAGAUAUAGUCUUUACAAAUUUCCUUUAAUAUUUCUGUUAUGUUUAAUAUGUUCAUUCAUCAUAUCUUGAACAUAUGUUUAAUACUGGUUCAUGGGUAUUUUAUUAAGUUUGAUUGAUGUUUGGUUUGGUUUGGUUUUGUGUGUUGUUCUUGUUUUCUCAUUCUCUGUGAUUUAUUAUCGUGGUUCAUUGGCUUCACUUGUCAUGUCAUUAACUGUAUCAUGUGAUAGUUUCUUAUUGGCUGCUGCUACUAUAUAGAUGAAACCACACCUUGGUGCAUCUGUUUCUCCAGCCCUGAUGAAGACCAACAGUGGUCGAAACAUGUUGGCAUUUUAAUGAGUUGGCCAUUAUAAUAGAGGCUUUUUAAUCUAAUCUUUCCUUCCUCAUUUUUAUUUUUGUUUUGGAGUGCCUGGAUUCUUUUCCUGUUUGCAGUAUUUUGGAUUUCCCUCCUUUUUUUUCCAAGAGCACCUGAUACAUUUUUUGAUCUACACUCUACAACUCAGAGCAACCAGUUAUCUGGUUUUCUACAUAAAUGUUUUGAAACAUAUUACAAGAAUCUAUAUUCUCAACCAAAGAUAAGUAAUAAAAAUCAGGUAUUCCAAUUGUUAAAUUCAUUAAAUUUACCAAGAGUGACAGAGGACCAAAACUCAGCUCUGAUAAAGGAAAUCACAUCAGAAGAAAUAAAGUCGCCGAUUUCAAAGCUGAAGACAAACAAGGCUCCGGGCACAGAUGGAUACACCUCAGAGUUUUAUAAAGUGCUCAGGGAACCAAUGAUCCCCCUAUUAAAAAAUGCAUUUAACUGGGUGCUAAAAGAAGGAGAAAUUCCAAACUCUUGAGGGAAGCCUUCAUUUCAGUUAUUCCGAAAGAAGGAAAGGACAAAAUGGAGUGCUCUAAUUACAGACCAGUUAGUGUUCUUAAUCAAGACUACAGAUUAUUCACUGCUAUCCUAGCCAGACGCUUAGAUAUAAUUUUGCCAGAUAUAAUACAUCAGGACCAGACCAGAUUUAUAAAACAGAGACAGACACAGGACAGUAUUCGGCGAACACUUCAUGUGAUGCAAAACAUCGUCAUAAAACGAUUAGAGGCAGUAAUAUUGGGAUUGGAUGCGGAUAAAGCAUUCGACUCUGUCAGGUGGGAUUUCUUAUAAAUGGUGCUGGAGCGAUUCAGUUUUCAUGAAACAUUUGUCAAGACCAUACAAUCUAUACAUAAUAAACCCAAAGCCAGGAUUAAAAUGAAUGGAAAUCUCUCAAAUUCUUUCACACUAGAACGUGGGUGUCAUCAAGGCUGUUCAAUUAGCCCUCUCCUAUUUGCUAUCUAUUUAGAACCUCUGAGUCAAUGGAUAAAACAAAUAUAAAAGGUAUAGACAUUGAAGGAGAUGAACAGAAAAUAGUAUUGUUUGCAGAUGAUGUGUUAAUAUAUUUAACACAACCCACUGCAUCCCUUUCAGCACUCAUGACAACACAUUUAACUAUGUACCGGACCGAACUGUUAGAGAAAGGUUCAGAUCUAAUUGGCUUUCAAAAUCCAUGAAAUAUUUAGGAGUAGACCUACCUCAAGACUUAUCUCAAUUGAAAUCUAUAAAUUAUGAUUCAUUAAUUUCAAGAAUAAAAUCGGAUAUGGUCAGGUGGAAUUUAAUCCCAUUCACAAGUUUAGUUUCAAGAGUAGAGGCGGUUAAAAUGAACGUUCUUCCGAGGCUGCUGUAUCCAAACUUUGCCAGUAGAAGUAACAGACAAAGACUUUACAGAGUGGGAUAAAUACAUUUGGCAGGGGAAAAAAAACACGCAUACGAUUUAGAACUCUACAGUUGCCCAGAGUUAAAGGGGGGCUAGCUCUGCCAUGUCUUAGAGCUAUCAUCAGGCUGCACAACUAAAAACUUUGUGGAGCCUGUGCAAUCCUUCCUACAGGGCAAGAUGGAAGGACAUUGAGUGUCAUACGUCAAAUACUAUUCCAAUACAGGCCAUGAUAAAUGGUGCAAAAUUGAGGAAACAUCUUAAUGAAGAGUUAAAUCCAUGCCUGGGUGUAUCCCUUAACAUAUGGUUUGAGAUUAUAUCAAAGAAUGCCUGACAGAGCAGAGUAGGGUACUGCGAUGGAUUACACAUGAUUCAGAUUUGACACCCAACACAAUAGAUAGGAGGUUCAGUAGAUGGGGCGGGAGACCAACAAUAUUUUGGGAGCUCUUUAAAAAGACGGUUAUGAGAAGUUUUCAAGAUCUAAAAAAUCAGUAUGUUUUGUUUUUCAUGGUUCACAUGUUUAUUUUCAUUGUUACCCUCCAACAGGGAAAAAAAGGACUCGGCAAGAAGUGAAUGAAAAUAAGGAUUGGAGUGACAGAAGUACUCCAUAUUACUUCAGGUCUACUCGAUUUUAACUUAAACUGUGUGAUUAUGCCUACUUACGUUUUCAUUCCCCUGGAUAGAGUAUGGGUUUGUUCUGUAUAUCUGGAAAACAUGUAUACAAGAUGUAAGAUGUGGAUGGGAUGAUGCUGUC